AUGGGCAAACUAAAGAAAAAAGGACAAUCCGGCGCAGCCACAAAUUAUAUCACACGUAAUCAAGCGCUCAAAAAGCUCCAAGUGACACUUGCAGAUUUUCGGCGUCUAUGCAUUCUAAAAGGUAUCUACCCACGUCAGCCAAAAAACAAAAAGAAGGCAAACAAAGGGUCAACGGCCCCCGUGACUUUCUACUACACGAAAGACAUUCAGUAUUUGUUGCACGAGCCAAUAUUAAACAAAUUCAGAGAGUAUAAGAUUUUUGCGCGGAAGCUUAGUAAGGCGUUGGGAAAACGGCAGAUUAAGGUUGCGCAAAAUUUGGAAAAAAAUAAACCGGUGUAUACUUUGGAUCAUAUCAUUAAGGAGAGAUACCCCUCAUUCAUUGACGCAUUACGAGAUCUCGAUGAUGCACUUUGCAUGCUCUUCCUAUUCUCCACUUUUCCCGCCACCAACAAAAUAAAAAACGAGACAGUGGAGAAUUGCCGGCGCUUAUCGUCCGAAUUUCAGCAUUAUGUAAUGCACACAAGAUGUUUGCGAAAGACGUUUCUAUCGAUAAAGGGCAUUUAUUAUCAGGCGGAGAUUAAAGGACAGACGAUAAAUUGGGUUGUGCCGUAUCAGUUCAGUCAACAGGUUCCAGAUGACAUAGACUUUCGCGUAAUGUUAACUUUUCUGGAAUUCUAUCAAACUCUUGUCGGAUUUGUAAAUUAUAAAUUGUUCACCGAUAUUAAUUUGUUGUACCCGCCAAAAUUCGACAAAGAAAAGGAUGAAGAAGCGGCUGGGUUGGACGCAUAUUUGAUUGAGUCUACAAAUAUUUCAGCAAAUAUACUUGAUCAAUCAAAGAAACCAGAGAAAACUGAUAAUCAUGACAACAGUAAAAAUGAAAUAAACGAUGCUAAAGAGGAAUUAACCCAGAAAAAAGAAUGGGAGAAACGCUUAAAAACGUUGGCUCAGAAAAUAACAGAAAUUAAAGCACAAGAUGUCAAAUCAGCAGCAGCUGAGACACAAACAGAUGAUUCUCAAACAGCUGAGAUCAAUGAUAAUAAAAAUCAACUGAUUGAUGAUUUUAAUGAGCAACAAAGCAAUGGGAAAUCUUCAUCAAUAGCUGAAAACCAACAAGUUACGCAGAUAACGCCCACUACUAAAUUGUUCACUUAUUACGAUAUUCAUUCAGCAUCCGUGGCUGAGUCCGAAUUCCAACAACUAUUUUCGAAAUGCAUUUUCUAUCUAUCGCGCGAAGUUCCGCGUUAUUCAUUGGAAUUUGUGAUUCGUGCUUUUGGUGGACAAGUAGGUUGGGAUCCAACUGUAGGAGGCGGCUCUCUCUUUGACGAAACCAACGAAAUUAUAACUCAUCAAGUUUGUGAUAGGCCUUCGCAAAACCAUCAAUUCCUGUCGCGUGUUUAUAUCCAACCGCAGUGGGUUUAUGAUUGUGUGAAUGCGAGAAAGUUAUUGACUACCGAACCUUAUCGACCUGGAAAAUUGCUGCCUCCUCAUUUAUCGCCGUUUGUUGAACAUAAAGAGGAAAAGGCCGAAGAUUCAUCUAACGAGUCUGAAGAGGAAACCGAAGAGAUGGUUCUAAUGAAAGAACUUGAAGCUGAAGCUAAAGGAAUACCUUUCUCCAAAUACCAACAAGAACGAAAACAACUAAAAUCAGAAACCAUCGCCACUUCAAGAAAAACAAUAAAAUCGGGUCAAAAGAGAACAAUCCAAGAAAUCGAAGCAGCCGAAGAACAAGAAAUAAAAGAAUUGGGAAAAAUUAUGAUGUCAAAGAAACAAAAGAAACUUUACACAAAAAUUGAGCACGGGCGAAAGAAACAGCAACGAAAAGUUGCUAAUCUGCAACAGAGGAAACGUGAAUUAGAUGCUGCAACUUCUAAAAAGAAGAAACGUUAA